AUGUCAGCUAGAGAAAUAUAUGAGCCCACAACAGAUCCGGAAAGUGCGAUGUAUGGACCCUUCUUUGGUACACUUGGAGUAUCCGCUGCAAUGAUGUUUACUGCAGCUGGCUCAGCUUGUGGUACUGCAAAAUCAGGAACGGGUAUUGCAUCCAUGGCUGUUACACGUCCUGAUCUUGUUAUGAAAGCUAUCAUACCUGUUGUAAUGGCCGGUAUUGUUGCUAUUUAUGGAUUGGUGGUUGCUGUGGUGUAUGCCGGUCGUGUAACAUCUUCUGCUGACGGCUUUAAAAUUGAUCAGGGAUUCAGUAUGUUUGCUGGAGGCCUGGUAUGUGGUUUGUGUGGUUGUGGCGCUGGUUACGCAAUUGGGAUUGCCGGCGAUGCUGGUGUUCGGGCAUUAUCGCAACAGCCGCGUUUUUUUAUAGGAAUGAUCUUGAUUCUUAUCUUCGCUGAAGUGCUCGGUUUGUAUGGCAUGAUUAUUGCUUUGGUCUUGGGAGCAACAUAA